CUUGUAGGUGGGCAUUCCUACCGCCAGGGCUGUGAGUAGUAGCGGGAUUGAACGGAGCCGGUUUAGUUGCUGGAGGACGAGUUAAUGCGAGGUUCAAAUUACUCUAAAUACCGUCAUGUGUAGGAAAGUAGCAGGAAAACAAUGAAAACUAAAAAACCCAAAGUGGCGAAACUCGGAAAGAAAAACAAAGGGAUUAGUGAUGUCUUACCAUCUACUAGUCUGCCGCCACUUGUUGAAGGCCAGGUUCAAUGUUUUCUAAGGAUAACAGUCAGUAAAAUCUUGUGGAUCGUUCCCAGGCCUCCAGCUUCCCCUCUUGUUAGACUGCGCUGGUGGGGUGAAACCUCCAAUGGCACUCUGUUUCGUCCUAGAGAUGCUUCACAUGCUGAACAGAAGUCUGUGAAAACAACUGCCCGAUAUGCUGUUCGCUGUGGACCUAAACAGUUCACUUCUUACCUCACAGAUAUGGGAACGUUGGUAUUGGAGGUGAUGGCAAAGCCUGACCAUCUUCCCAUUGGUCGAGUUCAAAUAAAUGGAAUUUCACAGCUUUCACCAACCUAUGGUAUUAGUGGGUUCUUCACCGUGAUUUCACCAACCUCGGAGAAACUCGGGGAACUACAGGUAUCACUUGCUCUGGAAUCUCUGUCAGAUUCUUGCGACAGCAGCAGUUCUAUUCCAAACACAGAAGCAAGUGUAGAUGGUGCAGUUUCAGUCCAAAGCUCUGUGCGGACAGGAUCCUUUGAAAAUCUCAUUGAACCUUCUGCACCUCGUAAAUCGUCCAUAACCAGUGCAAGUGGAAAGGAGUCGCUGUCCAGUAGCACCUGUAAUACCCCAAGAGGAAGAGACCAUGUGUAUUUCCAGGAAAACGCCAAAAUUACUAAGACUGUUCCCUCUGAAAAUAAGCAGCCCAUGAGUUCAGCCCCCUUUUCUCUGGCCGAGACUCUUGAGGCUAGUGAUGAGCAGACUGAAGCACGGGUACUGUCGACAGAUAGCCAGACUACCCGAAACCUUAUUUCAGUGUUGUUGGACCGAGGCAGCAAACUGCGAAAUGCAAUGGUGAUUUCUGCUAUGAAAACUGCCCCGAAUGGUGUACCUGGAUUAGUGGACAGUCCUUACAUUGUUCCAUGUCAGGACAUUGGCAUGCCAAAAUCAAAAAUACUCCGAUCACAUUCUGGAAAUUUGCUUCAUAAUUUGCUGGAAUCUGAAGCUACUUCCCCAACCAAAGAUUCUUUACUGCCUUCUGCUGAGCACCCAUUAAAAGAAGUUCAUCCUAACACAGAAGCCACGGCCAUCAAGUUACUUCUAGGGAGCACUGACUCUAUCCCUCUCCAUUACUGGGAUGGCAUAGGCUCCCCUCCAGAGUCUUCAUCUACAGGAGGUAGUAUUUUAGAUGAAAGUGAACUGAAUGACCCUCGUUAUGAUCAGAGCCUGUUGGAACAUCUCUUCUACAAGAACCCUAAAUAUGAAAGUAGUGUAAGUGAUUUUACUAGUGAAGAUGAGGAGUUGGAUACCUCAAAGAGAAAACUGAGACAACAAUCCCUUCACAAAGCUGAUAUCCAUAACCAGCAUGGAUUGUCCCACCUUGCAUCAGAUCACGGUGUUACUGAUUUGAAUCUAAAUGAGGCAGCAAAGAAUAUCGGCUCCUACCCUGUGCAAGAACGUCCUCUACUAGCUGAGCAGGAGAUGCAAGCUAUUGCGUUGAGUGUUGAUAGACUAACCCUGCUGGGUCGCAUUUAUCUGGCCCGAGUUAUCAUUGAAACACUAAAACUUCCACCAGACAGCACUCAAACAACCCCAAAGCAAAAAGGCAGGAGUGGAAAGCCACCUCGACCUGUUCCAGGAAGAAAAUGCACUUACUUUGUUGAGUAUCACUUUCCUGUAGCCACACCUUCAAGAGGUGGAGCCAAAGGUGUUUCGAUGGCCUUUGAAAUUACACGGGUAGCCUCCAACAAAGUUACAGGAGAAGCUGUUAAGUUCCAGCAGCGUUUUGUUUUUCCUAUCUGUUUUAGUGGUUUAAUGAUAGAGCGAUGGUGGAACUCAGAUCUUCUGUUCAAAAUUUACUCCAGGAAGAGUACACAGAAAAAGCCCAUUUUGAUCGGCACAGCUAGUCUUGCACUUCGAUCUGUCAUUCAAUCAGAUUUGUUAAAUAUAACCAGUGAAUUGCCUGUGGAAAUGGUGUGUGACAAUAAAGGGAAGCAGCAACAGAUUGGUCCUUUAAAGGUGUCUGUGGAGCUUGCAGCUGACAACAAAGAUUUUACCAGUGCUAAUGCCAGAUUAGCUGCUUCUCCUAAGGCUGCUUAUGCUGUAUCCAGCCCAGGACCGAAUUUGCCACCAGAGCCCAAAGAUGUGUGUCCAGCGGUUCUGCACCCUGUUGGUCCUCAUGCCCCUGAAUCAUCAAGUAAAAGAAACUUCGAAGAUCGGUUGAAACAAAGUCAUGUGCAAGACGUACCCAGAACGUAUCAUUCAGACCAUUCCUAUCCUUCCUCUGUACUUGCUGUGCAAAAUUUAAUAGGACAGUUCAGUUCUUCAGUAGAGGAAGAAGAGGGUUUGUUAUUGCAUGUUCUGCUGAUGGUGCCUGAUGGAAAGGACUUUGUCAUGGAAGAUGGCACUUUGCAGCAACAGUACAAUAUCUAUCUAAAAUGUAAGCUUUUCAGCACAGAUGAGGCAACCAGGUCCCCGGUUAGCUGGAGAACAAGCCAUCCAAUUUUUAAUUUUUCACUGGUAGCUCCAAUCACAUUGACUCCCAGAUUACUAGAGAGGAUGAAAAAUAACAUGAUGAUUAUUGAGAUCUGGAAUAAAGUGAUUAACACAGGGCAGGAAAAGCUACUUGGCCUCGUGAAGGUUCCUCUUCAUCAAUUUUACAUAUCUUUUAGGGAUCCUAAGAUUUCACAGUUACUGCUCCAAGCUCAAUAUCCUGUGGUUGCUGUGGACAGCUACAUGCCAAUGAUGGAUGUUUUCACAGGCAACCAAAGGGGCAGCCUUCGUGUUCUACUUGCAAUGGGAGAAGCAAACCAAAUAGUAGCACUUCAGAGACUAAAAAAUGACGAGGGAACUUCAGUCUCUGGUUUCCAGCGGACACCUCAUUUUCUGGAUCAAGUGCCUUCAGUUCCUUCAAAGUUGGACAGAGGGGAGACAGAAUCACUGAUGGAGCACAUAUUUGAGAUAAAUGUGGUACAACUUAAAGGAUUGACUCCCUUGCAGUCCACUGUCUGGGGAGAAGCAGACUGCUAUAUUCAAUAUUAUUUCCCAACUCAAGAUGCAGAUACCAUAACUGAGACAUUGCCAUUUGUAAAUGACGUCAUCUUAAAGCCUUUCCGCACAGCAACAACAUUGUGUGUACCAGAUCCUCUAUUUAAUGACUGUCAAAGUCACACUCUUCUCAUCCCACCAGACUUUCCAGUUCAGAGAAUAUUGCUGAAUGCUUGCUCAAAACAAAAGCUUACAGGAAGUGGUGGCAUUCAGUUUGAGAUCUGGUGUAGGUAUUAUUACCCUAAUGUGAGAGACCAGGUUGUUGCCAGGGGUGUCCUCCCUUUGUCCAAGCUGUGUGCUAUGGUAACUAUGCAACAUCACAAGGAAGUUGGUGUUCAGACAUUUGGCAUUCCCCUAAUGUCUAGAACAGAAAACGAAGGACAAUCUCCAUGUUCCACUGGCUUAUUGGAUGUUAGUGUAAGAUACAGAUGUUCAGUACAAACAACUGAGAAUGCCAGGAAAGGUUUCAUAGCAUCUCGUGCUGUGUCAAUUUCUGUACAGCUGCUCCGGGCUUCAGGCCUACAAGCUGCAGCAAGAGCUGCAGCAGAAAUGAACCACUCACUAAAAUACCAAUCUGAAACCGGUGUGAAUGCUUACAUUACGAUUCAUAUUUCUUUUCUGCUGGAAAAUGAAAAACGACGCACUAAGGUUGUAGCUCGUACAUUCUGCCCAGAAUUUGACCAUUACUCCGAGUUUCCAUGCAACCUUGUCAUCCAGAAAUCCACUGGGGAGAGUUUUAGCUUGGCUGAACUGCUUGAAUCAUCAGAAGCUGUGUUUACCAUUUACCAUCACUCUACAAUGGCAGCUAAACCAAGCACGAUUUUAAUUGGUUCAUCAAGGGAUAUUGUCUUGGGAUCUGUACGAAUUCCUCUGGCAGGCUUGCUGACUAGGCGGACAGGUAUCUCUGGUUGGUAUGCGGUGAGUCUUCCAGAAGUUACAGCUUCUGCCCAGCCUUGUGGAGCUCUACAUAACUUGGGUGGUGGGCUCGAGAUUUCAAUCCACUUUGCUCAUUCCAGUGAUAGAGAGCGGGUCACAAAGGCUGCAGAAGCAUUGGAUUGGAAGUGUGGAACAAGUGAGGAAGAAAUUAAAGAAUGGGAAUCCCCAGAAAGUAACAUAUCAAUAACACUAACUGUAUCAAGGAUAUGGCUCCCAUUGCACUGUGUAGUGCUGGCUGGGCGUGCACAUCUGGAUAAAUCCAUUUUCUGUUAUCUCCGGUAUAAACUAUAUGAUAGAGAGGCCAUUUGCACGUCGCUUCAAAAACCAGUCCUGACUGUCAACGAAAGUCAUGUAACAGUGAAUUUUGACCAGGCAAAUACUAUAAAUCUGAAACGAACACAAUCGUUGAUCUGGUACCUAAAGGAAGAAAGAUUAGAAGUUCAAGCAUGGAUGGCAUAUGGAAAAGAUGACGAGACUCUAAGACCUCAUAAUACUGAUCGGCUAAUUGGAUAUUCAUUCAUCGAUCUGUCCACCCUGGCAGAGAAAUCAUCGAGAAAGCUUACAGUUAGUGGUGUUUAUCCACUGUUUAAGCGAGGCACUUCUGACCUGUCAGGUGCUGCUCUAAGGUUCCAUGUCACACUAGUACCACAUGAUCUACCUUCAACUGAUGACUUUGCUCCUCAGAAGAUAAACUAUGCUGAGGAUGACCAUGAUUAUGAACGCAGCACUAAAGAUGAUGUUCCACCCAUUAGUGAAAAGGAACAAACAUCAGAAGCACACAUUGAUAAAGAAAUGUCCACAGGUUCUAACAUUGAAUGCAAAAAAGUGUCUGAGAUUUCUGAGGUGGACCUGGCUAACACAUUUGCAGUGAAUAUUGUAGUGGAGAGAGCUAUGCAUCUAAGCUUGAAAGGAUGUCCCUUGACAGAACAAACUGGUGUUAAACCCAGUUGUUGUGUGUCAUAUGCUACACCAGUCAGUUCUACUCCUAUAACAACUCAUCUGAUAGAAAAUGCAUACAGCCCUGUUUGGAACCACCAACAGCAAACAAGGCUGCCCAAAGAGUUAUUACUGGACCCACAACAAACUCUGGUUUUCAAAGUGUGGCAUAAAGCAGAUAUUGACCGGGUUAUAGGGUUUGCCUCUGUAGACCUUUCUGCUUUAUUAUCCGGAUUCCUAUCUAUUUGUGGCUGGUACAAUAUCACUGACUUUAGUGGUCAAUGCCAAGGACAACUUAAAGUAGCAAUCACCCCAUUGGAGAACAUCCAUCACCUGAGAGAGAAAAGAUGGACCCAAAAGCACAAACAGUCAGCAAGUUCCGCUCCUACCCUUGAAUCAUUGUCAUAUAGGACGAGCGGCACAUAUAAUUCUUUCCCCAGUCACAUCUCCAAAUAUUCAGAACAAUUCAUCACAUCUCUGAAUGCUGAUGCUUUGACAGCCAACGACAGUUUCCAACUUCUUAACAGAUCAGUUAACACAGAAGUCCAAGCCUCCCGCCACGAGGAGCAUAUGAAAAAUAUCCGUAGGUUCCAUCAGUCCUUGCAAAGUGCUGGGUACUCAGAAUCACUUUCACAAACUUCGCGGACUUCACUUUUCAGUGCUCUAAGGAGAAAUCUCAGUGAACUGGAUGAUAUUCAAAGGUACUUCAGUCAGAAGCUGUCUACAUCCCCAUUUUCUUGCAUGAUAAACCCCACCCCACUGCAAAGAGCAAAUGGGAAUACAAUGGAUUAUCGCCAUAGAUCAUCAAAUUCUGGUGAUGAGCAGCAUCUCUUGGAGAAGUCAGAUAAACUGGUCUCUGAAACUCACCACUUUAUCAGUGGACCACAAGAAGGAAAUAAAGCAGAUAUUAAUUCUCCAACACAGUCUUCUCGAGGUACAGAAGAAGAUUGGAAGAAAAUUGCUCAAAAUGAACCACAACAAUUAGAAAAUGAAAGAAUCAAAAGCCAUUGUGAAGUUUUCCCCUGUCUGCAGUCACCAGAGAGGGAAAAUCUGAAGACCUACAUUUCUCAGUUCUGUAUAGAAGGAAAUUCAGAAUUGAGACAAACUAAACUUGAUGAAUAUUUUGAUCAAGAGCAGAUAAACUCUCAGAAUAACAGAUCCAAUGUAGAAAUUGGAAACCAGCAAAAUGACUAUGCUAGUGAAGGGUGUAGCGAAGAAGGAUAUGAUGAAGUUGUGAUACAACCAAGAACCUUAAAUGAUAUGACUGUUAUGACUGACAGGACCAGCCCUUGGUCAAGUAUCUUCUCAGAUUUUGAGGAGGAUUGUAAGCAUGAAUGUGAAGGUACAAGAGAGACUCAGGAGCCAACUGGAAAUGGAAAUCUAGCUGAGGAAGAACAAACAAUUCCCUUCCGUGUAGAUGAUGAUCUGUUUACUAAGAGAUUGCAAAAUGAAAUUUGUAAUCUACCUGGCAAUAUCGCAGCUGGUGAGUCCCCACGUUCAGAAAGAUCAUCAUCAGUAAAUGAAAGAAUAGAGCUUGAUGUGCCAGACGGAAAUUUAAUUAUCCAAAGUGAACAGUUCGCAGGAACAGAUUUAUCAGAAAUACAGUCCUCAGAUGAUCGGGAUUUGUUUUCCUCAAACCCUGAUGAAGCAGAAGACCUGAUGCAGGAAAAUGGAGAGGUUACAGAACAUGACAUUUUUCCCAGUAGAGCAUGCUCAAUUGCAGAUGAGGAGGAAGGACGCCUUAAAGUAAAGAGUGUUCAUGAAGACUACGACCACAACAAUAGAAACCGGGAGGUUGGAAAUGAAAACCAAGAGUUCUUUGAAAGACAGAACCAUGAAGACCCACAGUUCUCUAAAGCUGGUGGGGAAUGUGUUCAGAGGAGACACAAGGAGAGUGUAGAUACAGAUUCAUCAGAAGAUACUCAUUCAGUCAGAUUACCUGAUCCAGUUGUAAUUCCAAACUUUUUCCUCCCACCAAGUCGUUUAGAAGCUUCAAUGAGGAUGCUAAAUGUUGCACAGUCAUUCCAUACAGCUGCAACAAAUCCAAGUGAAGUUUCAAGUUUGACUAGAACUGGUUCUCGCCGUAGCAAUCGUCAAAAACCAAGAUUAGCAGCAACAGAAUUACCUAAAGAAGAAACUGAAAGAAUUGCUAAAAUUUUUGCAGGACGUUUUGUAGAAAAAAGCUGAAAGAAGUAUUUUACAGUUAAUAUUUUAUAAGUAGUAACAUAAUUCACACAUAAAUUACCCUGGCAGUUAAUGCUGCAUGUAGACUCUCAAGCUGCUUACCACGGGAACCUGAACAAUGAAUGCAAUGAAGUAUGUUACCACUAAUACUUUUUACUCCUAGAAACAAAAUACAUAACUCAUUUGCACCUACAUGUCUAUUCAGCCCAUUUGAUCCAUCAGCCCUCUUUUCUCAUGUACCCGACUGUGGAGAGAUUCUACUUGAGGUAGACAUGCAAGCUUUGAGUUUCCAUCCUCCACAUUACUCAUUGGAAUUUAUCCUCCUUGUCCCAUAGCAGUGUAAAUGAUGUGCACGACAGUCCAGAACAGAAGAUACUGGGGCAGUGUAAAUCACACAGCAGAUGUGUGCAAAAUAUUGUCUUUUCCACAUUCUCUACUUCAUAAAGCACUGACAUAAUAAAGUGGCAACACUUAUUUCAAUGCAAUGAUUUCAUUACCCACUUGUAAAAUUUUUGGAUCGUGAUAGUUCUGGCACGCAUGAUCAGUAUAAGGGUCCAAAUUGCAGAAGCAACCUAUUCUUUAACAGCACUCAACAAUGAAAUUUUGUUUUUAAGUGUCUAUGGCCUUGUCUAUACAGGCUUCUUCUGCUUGAACUGCGAACAAUCCCACUCAUGAAUUGCAAAAAUCUCAGUAAGUGGACCAAAUAAAUCUUGGAAUAAACAAAUCUUAUCUGAUGGGAAAAGAUAGCAUUGCAUUGAAGUAAGUGCUGUUAUGGUAUUAGUCCAGUGUAUAAUAUAGAAAUGAAGUUGUCCAACAGAUUAUGUCUGCCAGUUUCGGGGUGAACUGGUCAGAGGCCAGCAAUGAGUAAUUUUUUUAAUCCACUUUGCAAUAUAAUUAUAUUGGUUCUGGAUGCAGUUUCAGAACUGCUGUUUGAUUUGCAGGGUCCAGGAACAAAUUGACCAAAUGGGCGCUACCUUCUUCAAACCUCUAACCCAGUUAGUUUGUUUAUUUGUGAAGUAGCUGUACAAUAUUUUUUACAUUGUUAUAUUGGAUCCCUGGGGUGAGGCCACUGUUUGUCUGCUCCCAUAGCAUAUGCCCACAAAAACAACUUGUCUCUCCUUGUACUGCAAUUCUAGUAUGAACUUGCAUUGUUAAUCUAUACCAUACUUGUUUGGUCUUUAAGUACUGUAUAAAGGAAAGGGAAAGAUGACUCAAUAGUUUUCAGAUUCAUAUUUGAUAAUAUUUUUGUAGUGCAAACAGAAAACAAAUUGGACCAUUAGUAAUAAGCUGUUAACAGGUAUUUCUAAAUAAGAUUUGGUCUGAUAAUGUGUGCUGUCUAAAAGUACACAGUAAAAAAUCAAAGGGCAGCUUUGCACACACUUCCAUGUACAUGGUUAAGAGGAUUUCAUUCAGUUGCCAUUGUUUUAAUGUAUUUUGUAUUUGUGUGGAAUUCUAUAAAUCUUGUAACGGAAGCUACUAAAUUUCAACAUUCUUUUGUAUCAGUCAGAAUUAUGUCUGUGGUUUUUCAAAAAAAUGUUACAGUACAGUAAUAAAUUAUAUU